CCGACUUACGUCCCCAAUCACCGCCCACCAUGCCUCGUGAAAUCUCCGACAUCAAGCAGUUCAUUGAGAUCUGCCGCCGCAAGGAUGCCUCCUCUGCCCGCAUCAAGCGCAACCGCAAGACCCAGCAGGUCAAGUUCAAGGUCCGCUGCCAGCGCUUCGUCUACACCCUUGCCCUGAAGGACUCCGACAAGGCCGACAAGCUCAAGCAGAGCUUGCCCCCAGCCCUCAAGGUCGUCGAUGUCUCCAAGGGUGAGAAGAAGAAGGCUCUGUAAAUACCUUCAAUGAUUUGAAGUAGGGAGAGGUGGGCUCGGAGGACGGUUGCCGAAGCAUAAGUCGACUGUCGAAUGGGAUUUGGCAUUGGCAUGGAUGCUCGUGUGGGCCGGCACUGGGAUGAAUCGGUCUGACCUGUUUGAUAUACGGGAGGAUUGGAAGUCCCUGCGUCUGUCGGAUGCUGUGAUCAUAAGUCCGGAACGGCACUUUUCACCGGCCAGACCUACAUAUCUAAAUCAAUUUCCAGAGGAUGCUUGGUCGGAGCUCCCUGGUUCUACUAUCUAAUGAAGAGAAAAACAGUUGAAAUGCCGUGCACCCCGUCCAACUUGCAAU